AUGCAAGACGAUAAAAUCAACUCGAAAGAUGAUAUAUCAUCAAGUUCCUCUUGUGAAGAGAAUGAUGAAAAUAAGAAUAUUUUAAAUCCUCCAAAUCGCACAAAAAUGAGUAAAGGAGAAAGAAGGGCUAGAAAAAUGCUUGUUAAAUUAGGUUUAAAAGCUAUACCUAAUGUACAUAAAGUAAUUAUAAAGAAAUCACAAAAAAUGGUUUUUGCAGUUUCAAAUGUAGAGGUUUAUAAAGUUGAGGGAACAGAUUCUUAUGUUAUUUUUGGAGAUGCAAAAACUGACGACAUAACAAAUUCUAUUAACAAUUUCAUGCCUGAAAAUCUACCAAAAGAUGUUGAUGUUCCAGUGGAACCAGAAAUUAAUUUUGAAGCCGCAGAAAAGGAAGAGCAAAAAGUUAAAGACUUAGAUGACG